AUGAAGAAGGGUAGCAAGGUGCUCAUCAGCGAAGACCGCAAGGGAGUGAUCCAGGAGGUUAUGGCCAAGGUGAAGCUCGACAACGGCACCACCAAGAUUGUUCCCAUGGACCAGCUAUCAAAGGCUCCACGGCCCGUAGCAGCUCCGAGCCGCAAGCGAAAGGCAUACAAGGUGUCAUGCCACUUCUUCGUGGACGAUGACUGGGACCCUUCAAACUGCAAUGAGAAAUAUUCGUGGGACCAUGAUAAGAAGUACAGCAGCAUUGGGUUGGCCUGUGCGGCUUUUACCGACUUUGCUGCGCAGCAUAGUUCCCUCGAGGAGCUCAAAGCAGCGGAGGCAAAUACUUCAGACACGGAGCGCUUUGCAGAGCUGGAGGAGGAGCGUGAGGAUGACUUGUGCGAGGCAGUUCAGCAGCAGAUCCGAGAGCAGCUCUCGAAGGAGGGCCACUGGAGCUUCCACGCUGUACAUUAUGAGCGUGGAGACUCUUGGGGCCUCGAGGCGGAGAUCACAGCUGUGUAG